CCCGUACACUGUGGCCACCUAUAGUCAUCCAUAUUGCCACACUUUCAGCAAACCUUAAAUACAACUAAUAUCCUGCUUGUGGUUUAGAAGAUGCCUCUAGGUUGGUACCUCGCUCAGGGUAUGGUGCCAUUGGGGCCUAGUAGCAGUGAUGACGAAGAGGGUCCAUGUACGUUACCAAACGGUCGACUUGUGUGUGGUCCGCAUGGCCUCGUUACCUGUGGGAGGUGUUGCACGGACUACAGCUUCAUGGACGAUGUCCUGAGCGAAGAAGAUGAACACGGUCGUGUUGAUGACGACGAUGAUGAUGACGAUGAUGACGAGGUUGUUGAUUCAGACACAGAGGCCAUGUACAGGGAGUUGAGUCCCUCGGCAAGAGCAGAGAUCGAUGCUAGAUGGGGCCCGCACUCUCUGCAUCGCUCGAACAACGAAGAGGAGGCCGCAGCCGUUCGACUACCUUGGCCCAUGGUUUUAGGCCCGAUUUAUGUCACGCGUAAUGGGAUCCCUCUUGACUUUGGCCUUGAGAUGAGAAGAGGCACUGGUCGCGUCUUUCCUACCAAGUUCUUUCCACCUUCGUCUUCGAUCAGACCAACCGAGCUAUUCACGAGUCGGACAUUGCAGCCAUCACAACUGGCCAAGUGGACUCACCGGAGCGAUCCACACAAAGUCCUCAUCUUCACAGACGGCGCGUGCUUGAAUAAUGGGCAGCCGAACCCGAAAGCCGGGUGGGCAUUUGUGGAUGGACCGGGACGCGGAAUCGGGGCCGGCACAAGAUCUGGCCGUCUGGAGACGAAGGGCCCAUUUGGCGACGAUGGCAUCCAGAGCAGCAACCGUGCGGAGCUCCGUGCUGUCAUAGCAGCCCUUCGUUUUAGAGAUUGGGACGUCGAGGGAUAUUACACAAUAAUCAUUGCGACGGACUCGGCAUAUGUGGUCCAGGGUUGCUGCAAGUGGGUCAAGACCUGGAUCCGGCACGGCUGGAAGACGAACGCUAGGGCCGACGUCAAGAACAGGGACUUGUGGGAAAUGCUUCUCGGCGAGGUCGAGCGAUGGCACGACAAGGACGUUGCUAUUCAAUUCUGGAAGAUUCCUAGAGAGUGGAAUGACGUUGCUGAUGCGGCCGCAAAAAGGGCAGCUGCAGAUGAAUACUUACGUGAUAAGUGGACGGAUUUGAUGGGUGGACGGAUCUAAUGGGUGUCACAAGGCAGUUGGACGUUGUGCAAAAGCAUAAUAUACCUGGAGGCCAUGUUGAUGCCACUGCCCAGUCGACGGGGUUCUUUACAGUAUUUGUGUAAAACGUUGAGGGGCUGCAAGUCGUAAACUUAGAAGACAUCAUAUGUGGACGGUUUAUAAUGGACGUUGAAUGUGUCGCGACUAAUAAUCUGGCUCUGCUGAAUUAAAACUCAGCUGCAACACAUGGGUACUUCCCAUGCCUUACUAUCG